UAUUUUCUUUUUUAUUUUAAAGUUCAAAUUUUUAAUUAUUUUUUUCCCUUCUUCUUUGGUGAUUUGCUGGCCGCGGCGAUUAUUAUCACCUCUAGAAGAAGCACACAAAUGAUGGGCGAUUUCAGGGCUCUGACCUUCUCGAGGGCGAUUGGAGAUUCCACUUCUUAAAUUCCUGCCACUCAUGUGCAUCAUCAUUUAUUCUCCUUCAUAAAAAUUAAAAGCUUUCGCUUGAAACUGAAAUCUCCUCCAAAAAUGACGAUCGGAAACAGCCAAUCCGCAAAAGCCCUUUCCUAUCUCCUCCUCCUCCUCGCCUGCAUCCUCCCGGCGGCCGUCUCCGUGGCCCGCGUCGACGUCGGCACGGCCGCGUACUAUGGCCCUCCAUACCAACCUACCGAGUGCUAUGGCGGAGACCCAUCGCAGUUCCCUUCCGAGCAACCUGUUCGCGGCGGCGGGUGACCAGAUAUGGGACAACGGCGCGGCCUGCGGGAGGCCGUACCAGGUCCGGUGCGUCAACGCGUCGCGGUUCCAUGCCUGCGUCCCCGGCCGCACCAUCCAGGUCAUGAUCGUCGACUACGCGCUCUCGACCACGUCCGCCGCCGCCGCGUACAAGCAGUCCGUCACUGGCGCCGCCUUGGUCCUGUCGCAGACCGCUUUUGGAGCUAUCGCCAAUCCGUUCAGGGAUUCAAUCAGGGUCGAAUUUCAAGUGGUCUGAUCGAAGGAUGAAGGCUCCGGACGAAGAAGCGAAAGGAACGCAAGGGAUGAUGACGAUUUGAGUUGAUUCGUACAUCGUAUAUAAAUUGGUGAUUGAUCGUGUAUGUAGAUUUAUGAUUGAUUGUUUUGUAAAAACCUUUCUUCUUAUUCCUAUUUCCCCCUUUAUUUUCG